CGUCGGCGCCUCUGAUUGGCCCAGAGCGUUUGGCGCCUCUUGAAUCCCGCCGCAGCCCGUAGUGCGGGGAGUUGAGCGGUUUGAACCGACGCGGAAACAUUGAAAUUGUUAAAAUCGUUGGAUUGAAUUUAAACUCUGGGAUUUUCCAAAUAUUCAAACAAAAUCUUUUAUGACAAAUCCGGGUUAAAAACAGUGAAGAACGGCGGCUUUGUAUUCAUUUCCGGGUUCGUAAAGCCGGUCUCCCUCCUCCCUGAGCUAACAGCUAGCUGCUAACGCUACAGCUAACAAGCUAACAGCUAAACCUCCAGACACAAAGGACGACUUCUGCCGGGGUUUGUCGGAUGAGUGCUGAGCCUCCUGUGCAGGUUGAUCAUGGUGCUGACAGGGAAGCGCUCGGAGAAAGGUCCUGCCUGCUGGAAGAGGAGGGUGAAGUCUGAGUACAUGAGGCUUCGGCAGCUCAAACGCUUCAGGCGGGCCGAUGAAGUCAAGAGCAUGUUCAAUUCCAACCGUCAGAAAAUCUUGGAUCGAACUGACAUUUUGAACCAGGAGUGGAAGACCAGGCGAAUCCAGCCGGUUCACAUCAUGACGUCAGUCGGCUCCUUAAGAGGCACCCGAGAGUGCACUGUGGAUAGCGGUUUCUCUGAGUUCUCCAGGCAGGUCAUCCCCCUGAAGACUCUCAACGCCGUGGCCUCGGUCCCGGUCAUGUACUCCUGGUCGCCGCUGCAGCAGAACUUCAUGGUGGAGGAUGAGACGGUGCUCCAUAACAUCCCCUACAUGGGAGACGAGAUCCUGGACCAGGACGGUACUUUCAUAGAAGAGCUCAUCAAGAACUAUGACGGCAAAGUCCACGGAGACAGAGAGUGCGGCUUCAUCAACGAUGAGAUAUUCGUGGAGUUGGUCAGCUCUCUGUCGCAGUACAGCGACAACGAGGAUGACGAGGAGGAGGAAGAGCAGGACUUCAAGGUAGAAAAGAUGGAGAUCUGUGACGGCAAGGAGCACCCAGAGGAACCCCGCAAGGACGGGCUCACCAACAAUGAGAGCCGAACCAGCAAUGACGACACCAAGAAGUUUCCCUCUGACAAGAUUUUUGAGGCCAUCUCCUCCAUGUUCCCUGACAAGGGCUCCACUGAGGAGCUCAAAGAGAAGUACAAGGAGUUGACGGAGCAGCAGCUGCCCGGCGCUCUGCCCCCAGAAUGCACGCCGAACAUCGACGGCCCAAACGCUCGCUCCGUGCAGCGCGAACAGAGCCUGCACUCAUUCCACACUCUGUUCUGCAGACGCUGCUUCAAAUACGACUGCUUCCUCCACCCUUUCCAUGCCACUCCAAACACUUACAAGCGCAAGAACUUGGAGAACCUGGUGGACAGUAAACCCUGCGGCAUCGACUGCUACAUGUACCUGGUACAGGACGGGAUGGUGAGCGAGUUCCCCGUGGGCGUAGUUGCUGAGCGACCCAAGACGCCCUCAAAGCGCCCGGUGGGACGUCGCCGCGGACGGCUGCCGAACAGCAACAGCCGGCCCAGCACCCCCUCCGUCUCCUCGGAAACCAAAGACACGGACAGCGACCGCGAGGGCAGCAAGGAAGACGAGCGGGAAAACGAGAGAGACAACGAGCAAGACAACGACAAAGACGACGAGGACAAGAAGGACGAUAACACCAGCAGCUCAGAGGGCAACUCUCGGUGUCAGACUCCAGUGAAGAUGAAGCUGAUCGGCGAGGCUGAAGCGGUGGAGUGGAGCGGGGCCGAGGCCUCACUCUUCAGGGUCCUCAUCGGGACAUACUACGACAACUUCUGCGCCAUCGCACGACUCAUCGGCACCAAGACCUGCAGACAGGUUUACGAGUUCAGGGUCAAGGAGUCGAGCAUCAUCGCUCGGGCUCCCGCCGAAGACGAGGACACGCCGCCUAGAAAGAAGAAGAGGAAACACAGACUGUGGGCCACUCACUGCAGGAAGAUCCAGCUGAAGAAAGAUGGCUCGUCCAAUCACGUGUAUAAUUACCAGCCGUGUGACCACCCGCGGCAGCCCUGUGACUCCUCCUGUCCCUGCGUCACCGCUCAAAACUUCUGCGAGAAGUUUUGCCAGUGCAGCUCCGAAUGUCAGAACCGUUUCCCAGGUUGUCGGUGCAAAGCUCAGUGCAACACCAAGCAGUGUCCCUGCUACCUGGCAGUGAGGGAGUGUGACCCCGACCUCUGCCUGACCUGCGGCGCCGGGGACAACUGGGACAGCAAGAACGUGUCCUGCAAGAACUGCUCCAUUCAGAGAGGCGCCAAGAAGCAUCUGCUGCUGGCUCCGUCAGACGUGGCCGGUUGGGGCAUCUUCAUCAAAGAGCCGGUCCAGAAAAACGAGUUCAUCUCCGAGUACUGUGGAGAGAUUAUCUCUCAGGAUGAAGCCGACCGCAGAGGGAAAGUCUACGACAAAUACAUGUGCAGCUUCCUCUUCAACCUCAACAACGACUUUGUUGUUGACGCCACGAGGAAAGGCAACAAGAUCCGCUUUGCCAACCAUUCUGUCAACCCCAACUGCUAUGCAAAAGUGAUGAUGGUAAACGGCGAUCACCGGAUAGGAAUCUUUGCCAAGAGAGCCAUCCAGACCGGAGAGGAGCUCUUCUUUGACUACAGGUACAGCCAGGCGGACGCUCUGAAGUACGUUGGGAUCGAGCGGGAGUUGGAGAUCGCCUGACUCGGACUUCUACCUCCCGUGGAAUCAACGACAACAACAACAACAACAACAAAGGCCUUACACUCAAACACAAAAACAAACACAGCUUCACUUCAGGAAAUCCAGACGACUUGUCAAAAUGCUAGAAAAGCUUCAGGAAAACUGUGAAUAUUUGAAGCAGAAUUUUGUAGCUGUGUUUUUAUUUUUUUGCCACCUUUUUGGAAGAAAAAAAAAGACUUUUCAUACGUUUCCUUUUACUUUUCCUUGUGUUUUUCUUCUGUGAACAAAUCUUCCUCUUCUGUCGAGGAGUCUUGGAUUCAUAAAUGUUCUCUCAGCUGACUGGUGCAGAUCUCCUACAAACGGUCGUUUUUAAUAUUCAAACAGUAAAAUGUUCUUCAUUGAGAGGAGACGAAUCUCAAAAAAACAAAACUGGCUUUUCAGUUCAAGCUUCAGGGACCAAACUCCUCCUGUCGUCAUGUUUUUUUAUAAAGUGUGAACUAAACCAGCCAAACACUCCUCAGAGUGCUGGAAUCGCUGUCUGUCUGUAAAGCGAGAGGUCGUUCACGAAGCAGCGUCGCUCCAGAUCCAACGCUGAUUAUUACGACUUUUAGGGCGACACCGUCAGGUUUUGAUUACGAUAACGUCCACGUACAGUCGCUGUUAGUAACGUUUAGUCAGAGCUGAAAUCAACAAUUGUGAUCGAUUAUCAUCAAAGUAAUGCCAAACUAGUUCCAAUGAUUUUCUGUUUUUCCCUGUCAUAUAUAAACUUAAUGUUCUUGGUCGUUGUUCGUACAAAAUAAUGCAUUUGAAAACACAUUUUAUAGACUAAAGCAUUGAUGGAUUAAUGGAGAAAAUAUGCAGAUUAAUCAAUAAUAAAACAAAUACUUGAUAUAUAGCCAGAACAGCAUAUUUAACUUCUCUUAAAUCAUUGAAAUCAAACUUUGGCUUUAGAUGAGGCCUGAAAAAAAUUGUAAGUUUUAUCAAUUAACCUGUUUUUUAUUUCUUUGAUUAAUCAGUUAAUUGUUUGGCCCUUAAAAUAGAGAAAAAUGUCCACAUGUUUGGUCUGAUCAAUAGUCCAAAGACAGAAAUUCACUAUACAGCGAUAUAAACAGAUUGAUUCAUUUUUAAAGUAAUUUAUCACAACUUUAUAUCUCUAAAAUUAAAGUUUGUUUGUUCUUGUCUGUUUCUCGUUUCCAAAGCUGCAUCAGAAAACAAAUUUCAGUCCCUGAGAUUUUUUUUUUCUCCUACUUAUUUCUUUAAUUGCUUUUAAAACUAUAUAGAUAUCUUUCUAUACCUAAAACAUCUUUAAAAUGUUAUGAUUAAAGACUUAAAAAAUGGUCUUGUUUUGUUCGACCAACAGUCCAAAACUCAACGAUGUUCAGUUCACAAUUAUAUAAAAGAGAAAAACAGAAAAAUAAUCACAUUUGAGACGUUUGAACCAGCUAAUUUCUGUAGAUAUUUAUAAGUUUGAGGGAAGUUUCAGGCUGUAACUUAUAUUUUGUAGACCUCACGAUGCCUUCAGGUCUCAGUUUUUUUUUCUGGAGACGACUCUGCUUUGUGACGCCGCUGCUGCUUCAGGUGCUAACGUAAAAAACAAGAAACCAGCACUACUUCACCACAACAGGAAACUCAAACAGAUGAACUCUUACAAGCCGUUUCCUGAUCUCCUCAGAGAGAGUGACGCUGCUUUCCUUUGUUUUUAUUACACAAACUUAACCAAAACCACACAGAUACAAAUUUAGGUUUUCAUUCAUGUUCUCCUCCGACGCUCUGAUGUCUCUCUCACGUCUGUUAGAAGUUUUCUUUUUUCCCAGCAUCACUGUGCUCUACUCGUACCGACUCGGUCCAGUUUGUUUUUCUGCUUCUCUUAGAUCAGGUUGUAACGAGUCAAAAAAGAUCACCGUAGCAAGCAAGGUGUGUGUUAAAUAAUCGAAAAAUAUUUUGUUAAAAUUCAAACAAUACAGAAUUCAUUCAGCUAAAAAGCUUUUUUCUUUUCUCUUCAAGGGCUGCAAAAAAAGAUUAAUCAAUUUAUCUGUUGCUUAUUUUAAGGUCGAAGAGCUGAAGUCAAUGUUAUUUUUGUCUAAAACACAAAGAGAUUCCAUUUUAAAUCAUGUGAAGACAGAAAAGCAGCAAAUCUGAUCACGUUUGAUAAGCCGGAGAAUUAUUUUGUAGCCAAAUUAUCAAUUAUUGAAUUUACUGCAACUAGAUUCUGUCAUUGAAAUGAUCCACUUAAUCAGUUCAGUUCUGAAUUCUUGUAAGAAUUGCGGGAAAAAAGUUGCUGCAAGACCUAAAUCUCACAACUGAGAAGCUGGAAACGGCGAAUAUUAAACAUUUUCCUCUAAUUAAAAAAAAUAAUAAUUUGCUCACACAAUUUAUCAAUUAACACUUAUGUGGAUCCACAAAGACGAGAAUUUUCCCCCACAUGAUUCAAGAUAUCAAGGUAUAUAAUUACAUAUCCAGAAUAUGUAAUUAUAUUAAAUUAACCCUACUUAAUUAGGAGUUGAUAAAAAGCUGUUGAGCUACUAAAGCUGCAACUAUUAAAAUCAAUUGUCAAUUAUUUUUGGUUUCUGACACAUUUUUGAGAAGCUAGAACCAGAGAAACUCCUUUUAAUGUUUCAAUUAAUUGACUAAUCGUUAAUUAAAACAGGAGUUUCCUGAUUUAGAUGGAAAAGCUGCUGCUCUGUGCCGACCUGGAGGGUACGAGUAGAACGCAGUGAUGAAAAGUGAAUGUUAAAUUGGUGUUUUGUAGAUGUUUUAACCCGCCGUCUCUCUCUCUCUCUCUCUCUCUCUCUCUGCUGUGCCUUGAGUCCUUAUCUCAACUGUCUGCAUGAUGUUUUUAAACCCUCACAGAGGAUCCUCUCUCGACUCACUGCCUCCUCCCUGUGAAGUCCAAUCAGUAUGAAUAUAAUCCCAAUAGUUUCUCUCUCUCGUUGAAUAAGCCUUUUUUUUAAAUAACGUACCAACAAUCACGCUUUUGUGACUUUGACUCUUUUUCUGAUGAGAAUUCUGGUGCUUAGAAGAAAACCACCGUCUUUUUGACUUGAAGCAAUACCAGCUUCUUCUUCUUCCUUCUUCUUCUACUCCACCUUUUCCUGCUGAUGUUCUUUACUGUUACUCCUGUGAUUUAUAAAAGAAACUUCCCAGAGACGGACAGAGGAGGUGGGGUGGCGUCUCGUGGUGCUGUGAUGUCUGUAAGACUCUGAAACCUGGUGCUUCUCUUUGUCUGAAGGGGUUCCUACACAUGUCAUGAAUUUUUCUUUUUUUGGAAAAGCUUUUUACAGAUUUAUUGACAUUUAUGUGCAUGAAAAAUGGCAAAAAAAACAACAUUCUGACCACAAACUGGUGAAAAAUCUCCCUUUUUUGUUUGUUUUUUAUAUAAAUGUUUAACAUCACAAAUCUUUUACCAUGUUCUGAAUUUUCUCAGUGAUGAUGCAUUUGAUUGGGAUGUGAUUUAGGAUUUUAAAGAAGACCAUGUAAACCAACAAUUUAUCCCCCCAAAAAAGCUUUGUUUGUAUCUGUGAUUUGAGGGGCUGGGUGACCAAAAAAAAGUAUUUACGUUUCUAAAAGUGUUUGAACAUGAAAUGUAUGUUUAAAAAAAGCUUCCUAAAUGUCUGAAUAGAUGAUUCGAUUGUUGUUGCCCGGCCCUCGAUGAGCUCUGAACCGCAGGUUGUUAAUCGUUUUCACUUCUUCUUCUUCUUCUUCUUCUUCUUCUUGUCAAACAAGGACCACUUUUUUCUCCUCCGAUAACACAGGUGCUGAUUUUUUUUGUAAUGUUUACAGGGAUUUUGUUGUUCAAAGUGAUGCAGAUUAAAAUAUUAUAAAUG